AUGAAAGCAUGUUUGUUGAAUGCAGAAAGCGGGAAAGAAAUGGAGGCCGACAUGAAUGUUGUUGCAAAGCUUAGACUGGGAAAGACCGAGAUCAUUUGGCAAGUAUGCAUUGCGCCGAUAAGAGACGAUAUCUUAAUUGGAAUGGACUUAUUGAAAGAAGUAGAUGGUAUAAUAAUGGCUCGACAAGGUGAUCUGCUGAUAAAAGAUGAGCUUAUUCCAGGACGGUAUCGAAAAGAAACUGAUUACCAAAUAUCUAGAGUCACAGUUGCAAUGGAAACAACUUUGGAGCCCAUGGCAGAGACAAAUGUGAUUGGAAAGGUUGACUGUCCUAAAGAAAGUGUUGUUGGUGUUUUGGACCCGGCAUCAUUACAAAACGGUUGCCACACUGGAUCGGUUUUAGUGGAAAUGAAAGAAAAAAUACCAAUCAGAAUUAUCAACCCAACACAACAGAAAAUUAUGCUGUCAUCUGGAACUCAUCUUGGAAAGCUUGUAGAAGUAGUGGACAUUGACAGUGGGGAUCCUGAUACCGACAACAGAGACAUUGAAAUACCUGAUUACACAGACAGCUUGCCAGAAUAUUUAGAACCUAUUAUGGAUUCAACAGGAGACAAUAUAACAUCUCACCAGAAGCAAGAGGUUGCAAGACUUUUAUUGGAAUUCAAACACAUAUUUGCUGAGAAUGAUGAAGAUCUUGGUUGCUUUUCUGGUAUUCAACACCAAAUAAAGACUGGCGAAGCUAGGCCAAUUCGUCAACCCCUCAGACGCACUCCAUUAGGAUUCUUAGGUGAAGAAAAAGCGCAUCUCGAUAAGCUACUCCAAAGUGAAACAGUUGUACCGUCUCACUCUGAAUGGUCAGCACCAGUUGUUCUUGUGAGGAAAAAAAGAUGGAGGUAUAAGGUGGUGCAUUGA